AUUUUAUUCGCUUAAUGUGUAAUUUCGCACAUUAAACGCGACAGCACACAAGCACUGACGCGCGUUCAUAUUCAGCGCGCAGCGUAGCUAACGCGUCGCGCGGUUAAUCAAAGAAACGUGCCAAACAAACUGCUAAAAUAAUAGCAAAACGCUCGUGAAAAAGCAAUCAGUAAAUAGCAAACAUAAAUAGAAAGGUGACCGCGCCGUUUGUUUGCCGUUCGUACGCCUGAGCGCUGCGUACGCCUUCUGCAGACGCGCCGAUACGCGUUACGCUGCAGCGUUUACCUGUGCUGUCUGCUAACAAUCAAACAAGAAGAUUUUCACCUUUUUUUAACGCGCGUUCUUCGCUUUUGCAUCUUCUGCCGGUUUAUCGGUCACAUUGAUAUAUUGCCGUGUAAUAGUCGUGUAUUGCUGGCGGUCGCCGAGCACGUUGCUCAAAUUUAAUUAGGCGCACACUUUUGUGUUAUGUGUUUUCGAUUAACGGCCCAACAUAAAGGCGACGUGUUGUGUUAAUUAUUUGCAUAGUGUUACAUCAAAGGCGUGUUGCCGACGACAUUACACCAACCAUACAUAAAUUAAAUUACAACAACAAAAUAUAAAAUAAAUUACAACAACAAUUACAAUAAUUAAAUCCCAUUAAAAAUAAGUUAAAUAUCGCCUACCAGGCGUUAAGCCAUAUUAAGCGCUCUAAAGCUAUACAACAACAACAGUAAGCAAGCAAAAAGUGUGCGUACCAAAUUUGUAUUUACUACCUUAUUCACAUACACACACCUAUACACGCGCUAGUAUGGCCCACGCCGUCGAAAUUGCCGGCAAACGGAAUGCCACAAAGCCAAUAACAGCAGCAGCAGCGCAUAAAAAACAACAACUACGUCGACUAUUUCUGCUGUUGCAAGUUUGCAUUGCCGUUUUAGUGGCCAGCAGUUGUUUGGCAUUGCCAUCGGCGGCCGACGCGAAACAUCUCGACGGUCAUCAUUUUCAUGCUCAUCAUGAGCAACAACAACAACAGCAUGCACAUCACAGGCGCCGCUUGCAGCGCGAUUCGACCAGCAAAAUUUUGAACACACGCGAACAGUGCAACAGCGUGCGGGAUUACUUCGAGGCGAUCGACAUUAAGCUGAGUGGCAACUUUGAGGAAAAAGGUGAGUGAGAAAAGAAAAAACUU